UCCAUCCACUGUCAUGACGCAGAGGACCCGGAAGACGUGUGCUCGCUGUCAAUGAGAGGAGGCACUGAGAGCUAAAAGCCCGCAUUUAAGACAAGAUGGCAGGACUGCCCCGCAGGAUCAUAAAGGAAACUCAGCGUUUGCUUGCAGAGCCUGUCCCAGGCAUCAAGGCAGAGCCAGAUGAAGGCAACGCACGCUACUUUCAUGUGGUCAUCGCUGGACCUCAGGACUCGCCUUUUGAGGGCGGCACGUUUAAACUUGAACUCUUUUUACCAGAGGAAUAUCCCAUGGCAGCUCCUAAAGUACGCUUCAUGACCAAAAUAUAUCAUCCCAAUGUAGACAAGCUGGGAAGAAUAUGUCUAGACAUUUUGAAAGAUAAAUGGUCGCCAGCUCUGCAGAUUCGUACAGUGCUGCUCUCAAUCCAGGCGUUACUAAGUGCACCCAACCCUGAUGAUCCCCUAGCAAAUGACGUUGCAGAGAAGUGGAAGGCCAGUGAAGCUGAAGCCAUAGAAAUAGCCAAGACAUGGACCAGGCUUUAUGCUGGAAACAAAAAUGAAGUGUAGAGCUGUCUAAAAGGUGGAGACACAAGUGGAAGUGAAGUGUGACACAACUCCUCAUGUUCUGCCAAGAUCUCUUCCAGCUUCAUUUGCAUUUAAAGGACACAGUAUAUAUGAAUUAUAAAGGAAAAAAACAAACAACUGCAGACAAUUGGUGAUUUAAAUGCACACUAGUAAUGAAAUGACUCGUCGUUGUCCUAACUCACUGCUGUUCAAAUGCAUGGGCGGAGGUUUUAGAUCUACUCACCUCGCUUUCUUUUUCCACUGAUUUUUGGAGGCUUCUGCCCACCGCUGCUUUAACAAGCACAUUUAGGAGGGAACAGGACGUCCUACAUCCCACAUUUUGAAUGUGGGUUUCGGGGAGCAGUGGAGUGGGUGGGGAGGAGACACUGGCUACAUGUGGUCAAUAAUGUAUACUAUUUCUUUUAACUUUGUUUCCUUGUGUCGCUGUUUGUUUAUUAAAAGCAGCUAACUACUACUAGCCCACUGUAUGUAGACACUCACAUGGAGGCGAACCAGAGUUUUGUUCUGCGUCACCACCCAAGCAGGACGCAUAAACGAUUGUAGCCCUAUUUCUUUUUUCUUUCACAUCUGGCUGCUUUAAAACUGAGCCUUCAAUUGUCACGUUAACUUUUUCAAUCUCUCUCAGUGUAAACUAAGCUUGGGGAUGGUGUGCGAGA